AUGCUUGUCACUUUAAUCAGUUUUGUUAUUUUAUUUACAUAUCAAGUAGCUGCUUUUCAUUUUCUCGGUGGAACAAUAACAUGGCGUCCAGAAAAUAUAAGUGCAUCGGGUAAUCCAGUAAAAAUUAUCAUUAUCCAAACAUAUUCAUGGACAGAUGGAAGAAUUGUUUGUACACCGACGGCAAUAGCUAAUAGUAAUUUAAUUAAUUAUCGAACUUAUUCUACAUUAGCAACGGAUACAUUAAAGUGUUUAAGUAAUUGUGGAUCUACAAGUAGUGGAUACAUUCCUCCACUUAUUCGGCCUAUAUGCACAGAUCAAAGUACACUUGUUGGUACCGUAGUUGGUCAACGAUCAGAUAUAGAAUGGUUAUAUUUAAAUGAUAAUUUUACUGUUGGUUAUACAGAUAAUGGUUGGCGUCCAUUACCGACUAUAACUGAUGCUACAUAUCAAUGGUGUCUAUCGACUAAUAUCAAUUUAUAUCUUAGGACAGAUGGAUAUUAUAAUACUGCACCUGUUGCAACUGUAAUGUCUCCAAUAAAUAUUCCACAAAAUGUUCCACAAACUAUUCCAAUACCCGUGUCAGAUGCAAAUGGUGAUAAUGUACGAUGUCGAUGGUCAGAAGGUGCAACGGAAUGUGGUCUUGUUUUUCCAACUGUUGGUGGAGGAAAUUACUCUUUACCUUCCAAUAUAACCUUAUCCAGUGAUUGCAUAAUUGUUGUUACCGGAGAUAUAAUUGAUAAUUGGUAUGCUAUUACAGUGAUGAUUGCUGAAUUUGAGAAUAGGAAGAGUCAGUUUCAUACGGGGAAUCAUACGCAGGUUAUGAAUAUGACAUCGGUGGACUCGCGAUUUCUAGAUCCAAAAUAUUAA